AUGGCUCCAGCAGCAUUUCCACCGCCGCCGGCCCCCCGUGCGGGAGGCCCGGGAGCGAGACGGGUGGCAGGUGCGGCGACAGCCGCAGGGGAUGUACCGCCGAAUCAGACGCUGUACUGCAACAAUCUGAAUGACAAGCUGCAUAAACAGGACCUCCAGGCAUGUCUCUACGAGUUCUUUUCCGCCUAUGGGUUGAUUCUAGAGGUGGUUGUUCGCGGCACCAACAUGCGCGGACAGGCGUUCGUCGUUUUUGCAGAUAUUACCUCUGCAACGGCGGCUCUUAGAGCCGCGCAAGGCAAAGACUUUCUUGGCAAGCCGCUGCGACUGCAGUAUGCAAAGACGAAGUCCGACGCAGUUCUGAAGAUGAACGACCAAUAUAAGCCGCGGAGACCGGAUGUCCCCAGGAGCAAGGUCGACGCCGGAGGCAUGGCCGCUACGAAGGCUAAGGACGGGAAAGCCUCGGGCGAGACCGGCCAGUUUUCUUUGUUCGUCGAGAACCUGCCCCCGAAGACGACGAAGACAUCGUUGGAUAUCCUUUUUGGCCAGUACCGGGGGCACACGGAGUCGCGGCUUAUUGAAGGCCGAGGCGUGGCUUUCGUCGAUUUCAGUACCCAGGCGCAGGCAGCGGUCGCUAUGCAAGGCAUGCAGGGCUUCAAGGUCGACCCUGACCAUCCAAUUAAAAUCUCCAUGGUCGACAAAUGA